AUGUUCAAGGUUUCUGACGCAGAGGACCGGAGGAAGAUACUCGAUCAAUACAAGACCUUGAAACAGAAUGCUGUUAAGGACGGCAAGCCAUACAUCGUAACAUGCGAAGUUGGAGAGACAGGACAAGACCCGCGUUCGAAAGGCUGGAACAUUGUGGCCAAAACCACAUUCGCAAGCAAAGCCGACAUGGAUUACUACGAUAAUGAAUGUGAGGCGCACAAGGGACUGAAAGUCUUUGCGAAGCCACUGGUGGAGGAUGUUACGACGGUGUGGUUUGAAAGUAUCUUUUCCGAGUGA